GCUGUUACCACCACAAUCAGCUGGUGGAAGAACGACGUGCAAUUGAUUCCUGGAGAAAAGUACGAACUUCACGAAUUCUCCGACGGUGCUCUUAUUUUGACGAUUUACUCGCCAACUCCUUCAGACAAUGGCGUUUACACCUGCAAAGCGGAAUCAGCGAAUGGCGUGAGCAGCACCAGCUGUGAGGUGACCGUUCCCCGCGAGGACCUUACGGAGACCAGCAAAGAAGACUACGUAGCCACCACAGAAAUCACCAAGCAUGAAGAAGAAUACAAAUUGCUCGUGAAAGUGGCAGAGAACGUGGCCAGCGCUCUCGUUGCCAACGUGUUCGUCGAUGCUGUGCGUGAAGCUGUCAAGAGAAUCAUGGAAGAGGAAAGCGAGGAGGAAGAAAUUGAAGUGACAAAUGCACCACGUUUCGAGACAUGCAUUGAGCGAUACGUGGUGACAGAGAACGACACGGUCACCAUCAGCACGGUGGUCACCGGUGAGCCGACCCCGUUCAUCGAUAUG